AUGACUGAGGAAUGUGAUGCAGGAUACAAGAGAAAAAUAGAAGGAAGUCACAAAUGCUGCUUCAGUUGUGUCAUGUGUCUAAAUGGAACUUAUAUCAACAGCACAGAGGAUCCCUACAGCUGCAUCAGCUGCAAGCACACAGAAUGGUCUGAAAACAAAAGUACGUCCUGCAACCAGCGUCUGGUGGAGUUCAUACCGUUUACAGACAGCGGGGCCAUACUGAUCAUGCUGGGGGCCGGGGCCUUGGUGGGCCUCACUCUAGCUGUAUCUGUUCUCUUUGCUGUUAACUACAACACGCCUGUUGUCAGAUCUGCUGGGGGGCCGAUGUGCUUCCUGAUUCUAGGCUGCCUCAGUCUGUGCAGCAUCAGUGUUUUCUUUUACUUUGGCCAGCCAUCAGUUCCUUCUUGUGUCUUGAGGUAUCUGCCAUUUUUCUUGUUCUACACCGUUUGUCUGGCGUGUUUUGUGGUGCGCUCCUUUCAGAUUGUGCAUCUUCAAAAUAGCCGCCAAGUUCCCCAAACUCCACAGCUGGUGGAUAAAAUAUCACAUCCAGUGGCUGGUCAUCGUUGUAGCGUUUACAGCUCAGGCUCUCGUACUUAUUAUUGGUCAUUCUUCUGCCCCUCCAAAGCCUUACAAUGACACAGUGUGGGACCAGAAACAAAUCAUACUCAGCUGUGACAACA